CCUCACUGCGUUGUUUUCUGGGCCUUACCAAGUUUUAAACAAAGGUAGUUAGGUUCGGUAGAAUAACUGCUAUCCCGGUUGAAGUUACGAAACAACAAUAGAGAUAACAUGUACACUACAAAACAAAUAAAGUUACACUAAUGAUCUUCGCUAUCACUUUGUGAUUUUACUGCAGCAAAAGACUACUUAAAUAUGAGAGCAGUUAAUAUUCGUGCAACCUAACGGAUACCCAACAAACCGAAAGUAAUUGAAAUACAGAAUGGCCGCCUCAUUUCAAACCGUUCAGGGUCGUUGGGACGAUACUGCGGGUGGCUUUGAGUGAGCCUGACAUUUCUUGCCGUCCCGACUUUUCAGCCCUCAAGAAAAUGAAGUUAACAGAUAUCCUUUCCAUCAGAAAAAUUGUCCCGUUUAUGCCGUGUGACAGGUGGUUCCGAAGAGACAAUUUAAUGAAAUUCGCUUUCUUUUUCAAAGGUCGAACGGCCCGAUGUCAUAAACUAGGCACUAGCCGUGUUAUCAGGGCUUUCCAGUACAUGAAAGAUGUAAGAGAAGUUCGGAGGAAAGAAAUGAAAUCGUUGUGGAUGGAGCGUCUGGAAAUAGCUAGUGAACAGUGUGGUCUACCCAGUGCAAGAGCAUUAUGUGAAGGCUUAGCCCAGUCAAAUAUCGCUCUUAAUAAAAACAUGCUACAAAUUUUGUCUAUUUACGAGCCUCGUACGUUCUCAGCUUUGGUCGAUUUGUCUAAACAAUAUCAUCUUGAAAAGGGAGUAUCUGUCCCCAACAUGUCUUCGCCUCAAAGAGUUAUUACCCAAGGGUUGCUAACUUUGCCUGUUGUCCCGGGAAAUAGAAAUUUGUAUGAAUAAUUUUGUUUGAUAACAGUAAAUUAACAAAUAAAUAUCUGACAUCAUUCUUUUUGUUUUCGACACUUAUUUUAGCUGCUCAUCAUUACCAUGAAUUAUAGUAUUUUGUUUCAUUUAGUUAAAAGAGUCCUGUUGGGUUUCCAAUGUAAACCCGGAUUCACAUAUUUGUUGGGAGUUUUAGGAAGUAGCUAUGCUCAAAAGAAUCACUUGAUCAUCCUGGAAAUCAAUCGAGGUGAAGGAAAUACCAUUUGCACUCAGAUGAGAGUUUCUCGCAGCAGAGACCCAGCAUCAGUUACACGAUCCAGCUUCACAACUCUUGACCACAUACGUUCAGUGUGGAAUCAGUUAAAGUUUGGUUGGUCCAUUCAGUUCUGGCCGAAUUUCGAUCAAAAUGCAAUAAUAUAUAUGCUCGGUCGGUGCUAUUUCGCUUCUACUUCUGACAAUUCCCCAACUAUCCCGAGGGAUAUAAUUUUGGAUGGAAAUUUUUCAGAUUUUGCUUCAGACUUUGCAAAAGUCCUUCUAGUACCUCUACCAAUAAUAUGCCGUAUUCACUAUCUACCAAAAGACCAGCUUCGUGUGACUGUGAAAGUAUCCAAGCCAAAGUUGACCUAUUUAAAACUCAAUCAAAAAACUUAUCAAUUUACAGCAAAAGUAGUCAUUCUAUUCCACUAUCUACAAACCAUGUUGGGCCGAAAUCCUCGAAUAUCCCGAGUCCAUAUAUUCCUCUAUCUGUUCAGACAUCAGAUUGUGGAUGGGGAUGCAUGUUUCGAUGUGGACAAAUGUUGCUUGCUCAAGCUCUGGUAGUUCAUUUUUUAGGCAGAAAUUGGAGGCUAACAAAAAAUCAAAGGUUUGUUUAUGAUAUCUUUUAGCAGUACACAUUAAACCUCACUAAUGAUUUUCAAAAACCUAUAAAGCUUACUCACCUGUCUUAUUUACGUUAUUAACAUAUUGGUAGUAUUCAUGAGUGUACCGGACAUUUGUUUUAUGAACGUGUUGGUGGCAUAGCGAACAGCGACUAAAACCAUAAAGUUAGUGAGCCUUCUCUUCAUUGUAUUCACUUCCUACCAAAGUAGUGUUACUGAUAUCCUUUUAUAUCAGCAGUAAUUUCCGUCCAAAAUAAAUUCCCUACGGUGAGACAGAAGUGUAAAGUAAUAAAAUGUCUUCCCAAAAAGACUUUUAACAUAUUAAGUUGCAUAAAUAUAUAACUGAUUUUCGAUCAACAUGGAUUAUUUUCGUAUAUAUGUUCAUUCCAAAUUCCUCACAGUCAGUCAGUCAGUAACAACGUAAGAUUUCGUACGUACUUGCAUCAGUUAGAGUUGCCACACCACAUUAGCGCAGAGAUGCAGUUGUCGAUUCAAAUCCCGUGGUGGUAGAGGUAGUAAGAGUAUAAGCAGUAAUCGAAAAGAUUAGGGUUUGAAGAUGUUAUUCGAGGAGUAUAAUCCAGUUAAAUAAAUUUGGAAAGAGGAAAAGGGGACACGAAGAACUCAGAAAACUAGAAUUUGGGAGAACACAAAGAGUGUAUGCACCUGUACCAUUGCAAACGAUUUUGAGCCAUGUCAUUCAAUUCCUUACAGAUUGUCCGGCAAAUUAAAUAUUGGUUCACACUAUACUACUUGUCAAAGCCCUACUGUUAUAUUAUGUUUGUUUCCUCCGACAAAUGGUUAAACUUUAGUCUACCAUCAAAAACCAAGAUUAAAAUACAGGAGAAUAUGAAUUCCCCAUAAAACUAAUGACACUAACCACCAGCAUGUCAAUGGAUUUGGGAAAAAAAUUACGAAAACGGUAACAUGAAGAAUUAAUCGUGCGCUUUUGCAGGUAUUGACACCAAAGUUGAAUUUAUUGUUCUCUGUUCUUGUUCUGUUAAAAAAUUUAAAAAGGUAUCAUUCGCAUAAUAGUCUUUGUUCAUUCCUGUCUAUUUUUUACUUUUUGAGUCACGUUGAGUUGGCGGAUAUAAAUUUUUUCCUCAGAGGUAACAACACAUUAAAACAUAACCUUUCUUGUAGGUCUAAAAACAGUUGACCAAUAAAUGCUAUUUUGACUUAACCACUUGGAUAAGUAGAGGUGUACUGAUGAAACAUUUGUUGCUUGUCGCUGUCUCAAUAAAAUUCGUUGAAGAUCAGAAGUAUAAAAUACAGUUGUUGUUAUGUUUUACAUAGUAGAAUUUUAGCAUGAGCAGAAUGAUAGCUAUACUAACUAUUGUUCUUUAACCUGGUGAAAAAGAAGUAUUUCCAGGCCACUAACGUUUCUAAAACCUAUUAAAUAGUUUCGGAAUGAAAUCUUCAUGCACCACUUUAUCUGCAUAAAGAACCAAACAGGUUUUAGACUCAGUUGAAAACGUAUUGGUUAAUUAUUCACGCUUUACCGUCCAGUCAAUUACCAAAUUCUUUCACCAAACCUAAUAUUUACAUCAAAAGUUUAUGUAGAAUUACCAUUUGAGUUAACAACAGCCAGUAGAACAAAGCUAACCUUGUUCACUGUCUGUCUAUUUUUGCUCUUGGCGCGAUUUUGCUUGAAGUACUAGAGUUUGUAGCGUUCUGCUUUUUAUUGCCCAAAAGUAUUCUCUGCACCGAGACUAAUUUAUAUAUAGUUCAGCAACUACAUGAAGUCUUUUAAACAUUGUGCUUAAAUACCUGAGAAUAUGUGACACUACAUUCAUUUUAUGUACUAUACCUCCGAAGUUAAUUUUCAUCGGUGCUCAACUUAAAAGUAAAAUAACUAGUAAUUGAAAGUUCUACUUAACUUUCAAUUCAGUUUCUUAUGUCGAUCUUGUGUUGUGAAUUGUGACAAAAUGAAAUAAUUCAGUAAAGUUUAAAGUUUCAUCCUCCUACCAUAUGCUGCUUAUAUUCAUUUUAAUCAUUCUAAUUGCAUGUUAUUAAUGAGCUUCUACAUUGAUGCUAUGGUAAUUUUGAUUAUGCUUACACAGAUAAUCAUAAAAUUAACGAAAUGUACUUACAAUCAUAUUAUUUUCAGUAUAACCUCCUUAUAAUUACUUAUUAUUUUGUAGUUUUCGGUUCGCAUAUUUUCAGGGAUUCGGAUUUCAGCCUUCAAAUUAUCAAAUGGUUCAAUGAUUCUUGGUCACCAUUUUCUCCGUUAUCUUUGCAUCGUUUAGUUCAAAUGAGUGAUAGGAAACCAGGAGAAUGGUGCGGGCCAGCUUCAGUUUGCUCGGCAAUCUUACGUGUGAUGGCAAAAGGAAGUUCUUUGGACAGCCGCUUAAGCCAAGUACAGGUGUAUUUAGCUCGCGACAGAGUUAUAUAUCGUGAGGAAAUUAUGGAUGUUGCAAGAGGUUCACACACUUCAUAUCAGUAUCAACCUAAGAUGUAUUUCACUGAUCACACAGCUUUAUAUCGUUCACAAUCUGGUCAGACUAAUGACUCACCCAGCUUCGAACCAACAGCUGUCUUGUUACUCAUCCCAAUGAUGUUCGGAAAAGGAACUCGCAUUAACCCACGUUAUAUUCCAGUGGUGUUGCGUCUAUUUUCGGAUCCAGCAUUUGUAGGCUUGAUCGGUGGUCGUCGAAAACAUUCCAGCUAUUAUGUUGGUUGUCAAAAUAAUUCGUUAAUUUACUUAGAUCCACAUUUUACUCAACCAACUCAAAAACUGAAUUCCCCUAAAUUUCCAGUUGAUUCUUGGUACUGUCCUAUUCCUAAAACAAUGAAUGCAUCGAACCUAAACUCUUCUUGUGCUGUUGGAUUCUACUGCAGGACUAGAGGAGAACUAAGUGACCUUAUUGAUAGGUUACCUACCCUUAUGUCAGUAAGUAAUAAUCUCCAGGCAUCAACCAGGAGCCGACCUGUUGCAUUCACUGUUGAGGUGCUAGGUCUUGACAAGUCGAAAAACAGACCUUCGUAGCAGUAUUGUUUUUCCUAACGCCUGAAUGUACUUUUUUUAAAUGAAUUACUUCAAAUGUAUUACUUCAGUAUAUUAACAAUUAUUAUCUUAAUAGUGUUAUACAUGGCUC